AUGGACUUCACACGGGAAGGUACGUCGAUUGAUAUUGACGUAAAUUCAGUCGGAAACCAUUAUAACUCCCCGGGCCCUAUGGAUCUUAAACCUAUAAUACACAAUGCAAAGUUGCAACUUAGUGAGCUAUCGGAACUUUAUAAGAAAUACCUUCUUUACAAAAGCGAUCCAGUUCAGAGUGCUAUAUAUGAAUUUAGCUGGGAUAAAUGCCUAGAGAAAUUAAAUGAAUACGUGGUUCAGAUAAAACGGCUUGGCUCCGAUUUUGAGAUUCCAUCAGAAUUAAGGAAUUCAAAGCUUUCAACAUUUGUCAAGAAACAUAGCAAUUUCAAGUCAUUAGAUCUUAUAAGUAUUAAUAACUCGAACAUAACCUCUCAGGAUGUCUCGCAACUUCCUAUGCCUGAUCAACUUAAGUAUUUUGGUGGCGUUGGGACGGCUUUAAAUCAUAAUGACUUGUCUUCCCGUGGCAAUAUUGUCUCUAUCAAUAAUGUAAAUGACAAUAAGGUUAACUAUAAUAUAUCAUUGCCAGACCUAAUGAUAUUGGAUGAAAAUGAUAUACCCUCUGUAAAACAUAGCACUUCACAGUCCUCCAAAAAAUCCAAAAAAUCUUGUGCAAAACUGACCAACAAUCAAUAUUUAACUAAUCAAUGCAUUCAGCCCCGAAUUCAUAGCGGACCGGUAAAAAAUAAAGCGUGUAUUGUCCCGAUGAAACGUUCUGCUCCCACUGUAUUGCAACGCUAUACAUUUGUACAUACAAAAUCGCCAUCACAACGAUUGGAUAAAAAAUUUCGAGGGGAAAAAUAUCAAAGUCAGAUAGAAUCAUUUGAUGAGGAUAAAAAUAUUUUACUUGAACACUUUGAUAGCGGGAGCAUAUCGAAUCCAAUAUCUCUCAUUUCGAGCGAUGAGGAGGAUGAUGUUUUGACGAUUAGUCCACCUACUCGUACAGUAGCUAAACAAGAAGUAGCCCAGCCGCUUGCUAUUGAGAGUCAUAAAAGAAUCGAUUUCUCAAAUUCAGAAGAACAAGAAUUAGAUACGGUUACGAACUCGCAGAAAAUCGAAAAUCAGAACCUAUCAACACAAAAGAUACAGAAAUCAACUCAGACACCAAGAUUAGAAGUACAAUCAGUAUCUCUCCAGGAUAUUGAAGUUAAAGCGCUUUAUUUUAAACAUGACAAAGAACAAGACAUUGCAAAAAAGUUACUCUUUGAAAAACGUGAUUACAAGAUUAAAAUGGCAAUGGAACAAGAAGUUAAUUUGGACGAUACAUUAUAUGAUAUUGAUAACACCGUGACAGUCAUUUCUUAUAUGGCUUUAAACAUAUCAGAUGAGCCCAAGACUUUUUCUUCAGCGGAGUCUCGGGUUGUUCAUAGAUUAAAUCAAUUGAAAUCUUACAAUUUCAAAUGUGGAAGCGGCGAUGUGAAUGAAAUUGCCUUGAAUUAUCCCGAUUAUAACUCCCCUGGAAAUUUACAAUUUCUUGAUAUUAAACAGGGGGCAGUUUAUAAUCUUUGGGGCCAUAUUGAACGGGAUAUGAGUUCAAAGCUAGAUGUUUGGACUACGGUAACAGAUGUUAAAUUUUCACCGGAUGGAAAGUUUAUUUUUUCAGCAUCUACUGAUGCAUCUAUUAAGGUUUGGCAAACUGGUGAUGCAAAAUUUUAUUUAAAGCCUUUUAAUACAAAAGUUUGCCAGUCGAAAAUACAUCGAAUAUCAGUAUGUAAUAAACCAACUUAUGGAACAAAAUAUCAAUUUGCAUCAUGCGAAGAUUCUGGGUUGGUUCAAGUUCACUUCAUAAGAAGUGAUAAAAAACAAGCAUUUACUAUGGUAUCACAAGAAUUUAUUGAGGAAGAGUGUAAGAGAGUGUCAAGUGAUGUUAAUUUUAUUUCAAGUCAUAAAGUUAUUGCAGGAUAUAAUGGUAGUUCAAAUGAUUAUACUGGAGUAGUUAAAGUUUGGGAUAUAAAUAGCAGAAAGAAGGCGUGCUAUAAUAAACAAUCAAUUUCUGGUAGUGUUAGUUGUUUAGAUGUUUCACACGAUGAAAAAUGGAUUACAUGUGGAACUACUGCAGAAUUCGAAGAAGGGGAUGGCUCUAUGCAUAUAUGGGAUAUGUUGUCUCAAACUACUUUAUGUGCACUUACUGGUGAAAAGGAUAUAAAUGUUAUAUCAAUUUCGCCUAAUGAUCAAUAUAUUGCACUUGGUGGGGUGAUGAACACUGUGUACGUAUAUGAUAAACGAUAUUUAAAGCAAAGUCUUCAUGUGUUAAGACAUGAAAAUCCAGAUGAUGGUUUACCACAUGAUGGAAUCAUGUCAUUGCAAUGGAUUUUUGAUAGUAACAUGCUUGCUAGUGCAGGAAACGAUAAUUGUGUAAAAAUAUGGGAUGUUUCAUUAACGUCGGGCAACAACAUGAUUCACCAGUUUUCACAUCAUGAUAACUUGAGUUUGAUGACUGUCGGAGUAUCUUCGGGGAAAGUGUAUGUUUAUUCAUCAGAUGAAACAUUUAUUCAAGCAG